AUGGAUCUCCACACUUACACCUUCCUGCACACGCAGGGCUACGGCUACCUCUCCUGGCAGGUGGUGGGACACACCCAGGGGCCGUUGGACGGAAGCCUGUAUGCCAAGGUGAAGAAGAAGGACUCCCUGCACGGCAGCACUGGGGCCGUCAAUGCCACGCGUCCCGUCCUGUCAGCCACCCCCAACCACGUGGAGCACACACUCUCGGUGAGCAGUGACUCGGGCAACUCCACGGCCUCCACCAAGACUGACAAGACCGAUGAGCCUGUCCCCGGGGUCUCCAGCAUCCCUGCUGCCCUGAGUCCUGAGGAAAAGCAGGAGCUGGAUCGACUGCUGAGUGGCUUUGGCUUAGAGCGAGAGAAGCAAGGCGCCAUGUACCACCCCCAGCACCUCAGGUCCCGCCCGGCGGGCAGCCCAGCUGCGCCCUCCUCGGGCCGCCAUGUUGUCCCAGCCCAGGUUCACGUCAAUGGCAGGGCCUUGGCAUCUGAGCGGGAGACAGACAUCCUGGACGAUGAGCUGCCCAACCAGGAUGGGCACAGCGUGGGCAGCAUGGGCACUCUGUCCUCUCUGGACGGGGUCACCAACACCAGUGAGGUGGGCUACCCAGAGGCCCUGUCCCCGCUGCCCAAUGGUCUGGACAAGCCCUACCCCGUGGAGCCUAUGGUCAAUGGUGGGGGCUACUCCUACGAGCCCGCCAGCCGGGCAGUGCCGGCCCAUGUCAGCCACACGGCCCCCAUGCGGCCCUCCUACUCUGCACAGGAGGGUUUAGCUGGCUACCAGCGGGAGGGGCCCCACCAGGCCUGGACACAGCCAAUGACCACCUCCCACUGUGGUCAUGACCCCAGCGGUAUGUUCCGCUCUCAGUCCUUUUCGGAAGCUGAGCCCCAGCUGCCCCUAGCUCCAGCCCGUGGGGGAAGCAGCCGGGAGGCUGUGCAGAGGGGGCUGAAUUCAUGGCAGCAGCAGCAGCAGCAGCAGCAGCAGCCUCGCCCACCUCCUCGCCAACAGGAAAGAGUCCCCUUGGAGAGUCUCGUGACCAGCAGGCCCAGCCCCCAGCCAUUAGCAGAGACCCCCAUCCCCGGGCUCCCCGAGUUCCCAAGGGCAGCCUCCCAGAAGGAGAUCGAGCAGUCCAUCGAAGCACUCAACAUGCUGAUGCUGGAUCUGGAGCCGGCCUCGGCCGCUGCCCCCCUGCACAAGUCCCAGAGUGUCCCAGGAGCCUGGCCAGGGGCUUCCCCACUCUCUUCCCAGCCCCUCUCCGGCUCCUCCCGCCAGUCCCAUCCACUGACCCAGUCCAGAUCUGGCUAUAUCCCCAGUGGGCAUUCCUUGGGAACUCCUGAGUCGGCCCCACAGGCCUCCCUGGAGUCUGUCCCUCCGGGCAGGUCUUACUCUCCUUAUGAUUACCAGCCAUGUCCAGCUGGGCCCAGCCAGGGUUUCCGUCCAAAGAGCCCAGCCUCCUCCUCCUUGCCCGCCUUCCUUCCAAACUCCCACACCCCUCCAGGGCCUCAGCAGCCCCCAGCCUCUCUCCCUGGCCUCACUGCUCAGCCACAGCUCCCACCAAAGGAAGCGACUUCAGACCCCUCCCGAACUCCAGAGGAGGAGCCAUUGAAUCUGGAAGGGCUGGUGGCCCACAGGGUAGCAGGGGUACAGGCUCGGGAGAAGCAGCCUGUAGAGCCCCCAGCCCCUCUCCGGAGACGGGCGGCCAGUGAUGGACAGUAUGAGAACCAGUCUCCGGAAGCCACAUCCCCCCGUAGCCCUGGGGUUCGCUCUCCCGUCCAGUGUGUCUCCCCCGAGCUGGCUCUUACCAUCGCCCUCAAUCCUGGAGGGCGGCCCAAGGAGCCCCAUCUGCACAGCUACAAGGAGGCCUUCGAGGAGAUGGAGGGAACCGCCCCGAGCAGCCCGCCGCCCAGCGGGGUGCGAUCCCCGCCGGGUCUGGCCAAGACACCCCUGUCUGCUCUGGGCCUGAAACCCCACAAUCCAGCGGACAUCCUGCUGCACCCCACCGGCGUCACCAGAAGAGUGAUCCAGCCAGCGGAGGACGAGGGGAAGGUGGCGGUCCAGCCUCCUGAAGAGCCCCGGAGCUAUGUGGAGUCUGUGGCGCGGACAGCGGUGUCUGGACCCCGAGCUCAGGACCCUGAGCCCAAGAGCUUCAGCGCACCAGCUGCCCAGGCCUAUGGCCAUGAGGCACCCCUGAGGAAUGGGACCCUGGGCGGCUCCUUCGUCUCCCCCAGCCCCCUCUCCACCAGCAGCCCCAUCCUCAGCGCUGACAGCACUUCAGUGGGGAGCUUCCCAUCCGGGGAGAGCAGCGACCAGGGUCCCCGGACACCCACCCAGCCUCUGUUGGAGUCUGGCUUCCGCGCUGGCAGCCUGGGGCAGCCCAGCCCUUCAGCUCAGAGAAGCUACCAGAGCUCUUCUCCUCUCCCGACGGUGGGCAGCAGCUACAGCAGCCCUGACUACUCACUGCAGCAAUUCGGCUCCUCUCCGGAAAGCCAGGCCCGGUCUCAGUUCAGUGUGGCUGGAGUCCAUGCAGUGCCUGGGAGCCCUCAGGCACGCCACAGGACAGUGGGCACCAACACUCCCCCAAGUCCAGGCUUCGGCCGGCGGGCCAUCAACCCUAGCAUGGCUGCGCCCAGCAGUCCCAGUUUGAGCCACCGCCAGGUGAUGGGUCCACCAGGCACUGGUUUCCAUGGCAACACGGUCUCCAGCCCCCAGAGCAGUACAAUGACCACUCCGGGGAGCCCUAGCCUAGGCCGGCACCCAGCGGGGGCCCACCAGGUUUCCAGCCUCCAUGGCAGUGUGGCCACCACUCCCGGGAGUCCCAGCCUGGGCCGGCACCCUGGGGCCCACCAAGGCAACCUGGCCUCCGGUCUACAUGGCAAUGCAAUAGCCAGUCCAGGAAGCCCCAGCCUGGGCCGUCACCUGGGAGGGUCUGGAUCUGUGGUUCCUGGCAGCCCCAGCUUGGACCGGCACGUGGCUUAUGGUGGCUACACCACCCCUGAGGACCGGAGACCCACACUGUCCCGGCAGAGCAGUGCCUCUGGCUACCAGGCUCCUUCCACGCCCUCCUUCCCCGUCUCCCCAGCCUACUACCCCGGCCUGAGCAGCCCUGCCGCCUCCCCAUCGCCGGACUCGGCAGCCUUCCGGCAAGGGAGCCCAACGCCGGCCUUGCCAGAGAAGCGGAGGAUGUCCGUGGGAGACCGAGCGGGCAGCCUCCCCAACUACGCCACUAUCAACGGGAAGGUGUCCUCGCCUGUCGCCAGUGGCAUGUCCAGUCCCAGCGGGGGCAGCACUGUCUCCUUCUCCCACACUCUGCCCGACUUCUCCAAGUACUCCAUGCCAGACAACAGCCCCGAGACACGGGCUAAAGUGAAAUUUGUCCAGGACACUUCCAAGUAUUGGUACAAGCCUGAGAUCUCCAGGGAGCAGGCUAUCGCACUCCUCAAGGACCAGGAGCCAGGGGCCUUCAUCAUCCGUGACAGCCACUCCUUCCGAGGGGCCUACGGGCUGGCCAUGAAGGUGUCUUCGCCCCCUCCGACCAUCAUGCAGCAGAAUAAAAAAGGAGACAUGACCCAUGAGCUGGUGAGGCAUUUCCUGAUAGAGACCGGACCCAGGGGAGUCAAGCUGAAGGGGUGCCCCAACGAGCCGAACUUCGGGUCCCUGUCUGCCCUGGUCUACCAGCACUCCAUCAUCCCGCUGGCUCUGCCGUGCAAGCUGGUCAUUCCAAACCGAGACCCCACAGAUGAAUCGAAAGAUAGCUCGGGCCCUGCUAACUCAACCGCCGACCUGUUGAAGCAAGGGGCAGCCUGCAAUGUGCUCUUUGUUAACUCUGUGGACAUGGAGUCCCUCACUGGGCCCCAGGCCAUCUCCAAAGCCACAUCGGAGACAUUGGCUGCUGAUCCUACACCAGCUGCCACCAUCGUUCACUUCAAGGUCUCUGCCCAGGGAAUCACUCUGACUGACAACCAGAGAAAGCUCUUCUUCAGACGACACUACCCCCUCAACACUGUCACCUUCUGUGACCUGGAUCCACAGGAAAGAAAGUGGAUGAAAACAGAGGGAGGCGCCCCUGCUAAGCUCUUUGGCUUCGUGGCCCGGAAGCAGGGCAGCACCACGGACAACGCCUGCCACCUCUUCGCGGAGCUUGACCCCAACCAGCCAGCCUCUGCCAUUGUCAACUUCGUCUCCAAGGUCAUGCUGAGUGCUGGCCAGAAGAGAUGAGCCCACCCCUUGCCCUGGGCCAGUGCAGUGGGGACGGGGCCCAUGGGGAGGGGACCCAGGAAUCCUGACCACCCUUGAAUCCAGAAGGAGGACUUUGGGCCAAGUUUGGAGAAGGAGAGAAGAAAGUGCAACGUGGGGAGAGGGAAGUGAAUUGCAGAGGGGAGGGGGGGAGAGAGGGAGACAGAAAGAGGAAGAUGGCGGAGAAGAACUCAGAUUCCCCUGGGUGAUGGAAACUGCAAAAACCCAAAGCCUCCAAAAUUAACCAGGUCCCCCAAACUCCCCCUUCCCCCCUCCCAGAGGAGAAGAAACAAGCCUCCUUGGGGAUCCAUAUUUUUAGGGGAAUGGAAAAGCCCCAUCUUCCUAACCCAACUGCUUUGCAAGGAGAAAUCAAGCUUUUUCUGGCCACCUGUAGGGUAGGUUGUCAAACCAAACAGAACCAGUGUGGGACAUCAAGUGGUGGAACUUUCUCUUUUCAAAGUAUCUCAGACCCAAGGCACCUCAGGUCUCUUUGCUGUGCCUCUGAUGUAUUGCUGUGUGGGUGUGUGUGUCUGCACCCACACCUCACGUGUUGAUUCGUACUUGCCUCUGUCGGCUAGAUUUAUAAACAGCUGUCCUCGUCUGUGUCCCAUGUGUUUGCAGACACAAUGUCCAAAGAAGGUUAGGGUUGGGGGCGACAGGGCAGCAGGGAGGGACAGAAACCCUCUUUUGCAGGAGUACCCAAGCUGUGGGUGACAGAGGCUCUCUCUCCUGGUCCCUGCACCUGCACUCUCGUGGCCCCUGGUACCACCGGCCUUUCUCCUCUACAAAGACCCCAGCAGGAGUGGGGGUGGCCACCCCUGCAGCUUACCCUGUUCUGCCUUAACUGAGAGGCGGGAGCUUUGGUUUGAGGAUGUGGAGAUACGUGUGUCUGUGGCCUCGGGAAAGAGCUCUGCCAGGAAGGGCAGCUGCUGAGCUCGGGGCCUCUGCCCUGAGGUGUGUAGCCCAGCAGCAAGGAAGGCAGGUCACCCCGGUCGGUGGCCUGGACUCUGCCUUAGCUCCCACCUCUCAGCCCGUUCUUGGGUUUCAUGCCCCAGAACCAGCCUUAUCUCAGACUUGCUUAUCUGCAUGAUGCCUUUUUGGGGGCUGGAGAGCGAGCCUUCCUGCUCUGCCCUGCCCUAUUCUGUCUGUCCUACAGGGUCUCCAUGUUGGGGUUCAUCCUGGGAACCUGUUUCCCGCUCAGCAAGGCCCAGGGGAGGAGCCUGUAGUCCUUUUCCUCCCCUCGGUACAUGUUCUGCGGUCUGACUUUUGCAGGUCCCUUUCUGGCUGGGCUGCCCAGGGUGACAUCAGAGAGGUCCUGGGGCUGCUACCUGUGUGCCACAUGGCCUACCUACAAUGCCAAAGCCUCACUGUUCCCCAUGCUGCCUUGGUUUCCCCAGCUGAGUCACGCUGCCCAUGUAGCAGUGGGGCAGAAGACUUGCAUUUAGGCCAAAGGGCCUUGGGCCCAUUUGGACAGUUGGGAAAAACCCUGACCACCACCCAAAGACAUUAAGCCAGAAUGGAAAAUUCACCAGGACUCCAUUCUUAAGCCUAGAGGGGUUCCCUAGAGAGAGGCAUUGUACUGAUAUAUAAAUAUAUAUAAUAUAUACAUGAGACAUACUGACAGAAUCUGUAAGCUAAUAAAAUAUAAGAAAAGGU